GUGGAUUGAAUGGCAAUCACAUGAAAGGUUGGACACAAUUUGGUGACAAUUGAGCGCCAAUUCAUUACCACAUAUUUUAUGGACAAAUGAUUGCUUUCAAUAUCAAAAUAAACAAUACUUUGCAUUCAAUUCACACAACAAUUGCUUUAAUUGUGAUUAAACUCAAGUGUAUUGUCUGAACACCGAUACCAUGGGAGACAACGGGACUGCCGGAGACAUUGUCUCUGAAAAUGACUCAAUUGCUGACACCAACCAAUUGAACACAAAUGGCACUCAAAAUGAGAGCAGUGAUGAUGUGGAAGUGUCACUGGACUUGGAAGCGCUUGAGAUUGAGUUGAAUCACUCGAGAGUGUCAUCGAUGGCCGUAUUGAGUAUAUUGACCAAAACCGAGUGUUUGGGUCUCAGGAAUAACACGAUUAAGACCAUCGAAGGGAUCAAUCAAUUGCUUGGUCUCCGAGAACUCGAGUUAUAUGACAAUCAGAUCACAAGAAUCGAGAAUUUGGACGCUUUGGUCAACUUGGAAGUUCUGGAUCUGUCGUUCAAUCGGAUCCGCAAAAUAGAGAAUUUGGAGAAUUUAGUGAAUCUGAAGAAAUUGUUUUUAAUUAAUAAUAAGAUCUCCAAAAUCGAGAAUUUAUCUCAAUUAGCAAAUCUGGAACUCUUGGAGUUGGGAUCAAAUAGGAUUCGUGUGAUCGAGAACUUAGAGAAUUUGGUUAAUCUUAAGAGUCUAUUCGUGGGCAAG